AUGUCGUCACUGGGGGGGACGGCCACGGAGCAGACUGGUGUCACGCCGGCCAGUCCCCAUGCCGCAAACCUUAACCUCCCGUACGUGCUGGCGGAGCUGGUGAUAGCGGUGGUGUCAGUCUGUGGGAACGUGCUGGUCUGCGCCGCCGUCCUGCAGGAUCACCGCCUGCGGACCAUCACCAACCGCUUCCUGGUCUCGCUCGCCGUGGCGGACAUCGGGGUGGGUGCCCUGGCCAUUCCCUGUGCUGUGCUAACCGACCUGGGCAUGCCCCGGCACAACUUCCGCCUGUGCGUGCUGACCCUGUCCGUCCUGGUGGUGCUGACCCAGAGCUCCAUCUUCAGCCUGCUGGCCGUCGCCCUCGACCGCUACCUGGCCAUCUUCCUCCCACUGCGUUAUCACACCAUCGUCACACCCAGAAACGCAGGGGCGGCCAUCGCUCUCACCUGGCUCCUGUCCCUCCUGCUAGGCCUCGUGCCCCUAAUGGGCUGGCACCAGCCUCCACCAGCAGAUGGGCACUGUUACUUUACCACAGUGAUGGACAUGGCCUACAUGGUGUACUUCAACUUCUUCGGCUGCGUCCUGGGGCCUCUGGCCGCCAUGUUCCUCAUCUACGCCCGGGUCCUGACACAGGUGAGGCGGCUCGCGACUCGGGAUGAACAGGCAGCAGGGUCCCAGCGGGAACUGAAGACGGCCAGCUCACUCUUCCUGGUGCUCGUCCUCUUCGCCAUCUGCUGGCUGCCCCUCCACCUGAUGAACUGUGUCCUCCUGAUGUGCCCACAGUGCCCAGUGCCCCUCCCACUGCUGCUCACCGCAAUUAUCCUCUCCCACGCCAACUCCGCUGUUAACCCCGUCCUGUACGCCUUCAAAAUGAAGGCCUUCAGACGGGCCUUCAAGGUCAUGUUCCUGUGUCACCCUGCACAGUGCCCCAGGCCCUCGGCCAGUGAGGCCCGGCCCAAGGAUCAGAGCCUGUGUCCACAAUCUGGAGCUCAGCUUUACAACACAGCCCAGAGCCGCCUUCAACCAACACCUGACACAUCCUUCACACCAGAGCAGAUCAGGCAGCAAUCCAAGAACUCAAGUCCCAGCCUGAGGCACUCUGACCUUCACCCCCUCUCCCUAACCCUGAGCCUGAUGCAGACCAAUCACGUUAACAUUCAGUACGAACAAUUAGAGGCCAUCAGUAACCAAGCUGCUCAGAUAGUGUGUUCCUGUUCUAGCCUGGACAGUUCAGAUGAACAGCGAAACGUCAGCGCUGGAACUGGGGAGGAUUGGGUGGAACAGGAGGUGGUACGCAUGGUCUCCAAUCUUAGAAGACUGUACACUGUACUCAAUGGAGCCUCACAGCUCUCCAAAGCAAAGCCUUCUGGAAUUGCUGCCAUUCAGACUGCUCUGAUGUUGGAUUGA